AUGCAUCCAUUGCUGUCACGCAUCGCGCACCCUCUUCCGCAAGUACAGCGACAACGAGUGCAUUUGCAGAAGGAAUGCGGUAAUGUUGUGGACGCGUAUGUUGAGUACGACAUUGUGCUGAUCAUCAUCGAUCUGAUGCUACAGUACAUCACCGCCUACAGACAUCUGCUCGUCAACACAAAGAACCACGUACGGCUUGGUGUGCUAUUCCAUUUUACCAAGAGCGAGCGCAUAGGGGCAUUUCUAAGGCCGAAAAACACAUCGUCGACCUCACUAAGGUCGUAUCACAAAUUGUUUAUUGUAUUUCUCCUGUGCGACGCAUACAGCAAGUGGAUUCGUCGGCGGAUCAUUGCGGGCACCGAAAACAUCUAUGAUUUGGAGUGGAAAUUUUACGAAUGUUUGCUGCAAAGUGCGCUUGAGAUGCUCUCAUUCCUGGCUGUCUUGGUGUACUUGUUAUGGCCCGGCACGCUGCGCAUUAUUUCCCGAAAAUUGGCGAUGCAAAUUUGCUGUGCCGGAUUCUACGGAAACGUCUUUGUGGUGCUAUCGAUUGUCUGGGAUCUUCACGUGGUUUGGUCAUAUAGGGCCCUUACAGAACUAUUCAUAUUCAUAUCACAUGUACAGACUCAACGAGGUGAUUUUUGUUCCUUUCCAAAAAUGGCUGCCUUGUCUGUUGCAUCUUUAAAAUAUUAA